GCCCAUCAUCAGCAAGCCAUGGCAUCCCAAAUGUUCUUCAUUGGGGGAAAUUGGAAAAUGAAUGGUAAGAAGAAGUGUCUGGGGGAGGUCAUUACUUUGAUCAAUGGGGCCAAGGUGCCUGCCAACACUGAAGUGGUCUAUGGAGCCCUUUCCAUCUACCUUGACUUUUUUUGUCAGAAAUUGGAUGCAAAACUUGGUGUAGCUGCUCAGAAUUGCUACAAAGUGGCCAAGGGUACAUUUACUGGGGAGAUCAGCCUGGCCAUGAUUAAGGUGGGGGCCAACUGGGUGAUCCUGGGACACUCUGAAAGAAGACAUAUCCUUGGGGAGUCUGAUGAGCUCAUUGGACAGAUGGUAGCCCAUGGCCUGUCAGAAGGCCUGGGAGUGAUUGCCUGUAUUGGUGAGAAGUUGGAUGAGAGGGAAGCUGGAAUCACUGAGAAGGUGUUUUUUGACCAGACUGAGGCCAUUGCAGAUAAUGUGAAGGACUUGAAUAAAGUUGUCCUAGCCUAUGAACUAGGCUGGGCUAUUGGUACUGGCAAGACAGCCACAUGCCAGGAAGCCCAGAAGGUACAUGAGAAGUUUCGAUGCUGGCUUAAGACCUAUAUCUCAGAAUCUGUAUCACAGUCUACUAGGAUCAAUUAUGGAGGCUCUGUGACAGGGGCCAACUAUAAGGAUCUAGCAUGCCAGGCUGAUGUAGAUGGCUUCCUGGUGGGUGGAGCUUCCCUUAAGCCUGAAUUCCUGGACAUCAUUCAAGCCAAAGACUGCACCUUCCAUGCAGUCCUACAGAGCUGGGACUAG